UAAUAUUGUGUCCUCAGAUCAGUGACCUGUGGAGUGCAGAGCGCAACUGCACAAACUAUGCCCUGGGGUCUGGUCUUGACUGAUGUUUUAAUACUGUUUUGUUUUUUUUUCAAACUUUAAAGAAGCUGCCCUGGAUUGGGCUCUUGUACUACAUUUAACUUGUGAAUGUCACACUAUUUUUUUUUUCCCACCACACUUUGUUUUUCUCUUUUUAACCAGAGACAUCUUCUCUUGGGAAAAUCUCUUAGAAGGUAGCUUCAAGGGAACGGUUCAGCAGUGGGGAGGCUCUGGUUGGAACAGCUGUCCCCAUGAGCCCCACCUUCCCCUUCUGACCCUCCAAAGCGUAAUGAAAUCCACUUUCCAGGCUGCUGCAGGUGGCUCUCCUAGUCCCCUGGGGAAUCAGAAGAAGAAAGAUCCCGGGAUGGCCCAUCUUUAUAAAAAUGAACACAGGCAAGAUGACCCUUAUCUCUAGCUGAAGUUUCCAGUACUUUAGGUUUUGCUUACUUGCUAAUGUUCCAAACUGAAAUGUAUUUUUCUUGUGUAGCUUUACAAUUUUUGAGUUACAAAUAUACAUACAAAUUUUUAAAAAAGGCUAACAUAAUAGAUAAAAUAGCUUAGAGGGUCAUGGGAUUAUGAGUGAUAAUUUGUCCUUUUAUUUUCCAAAAUGUCUUCAACUGUUAACAGCAAAGAGACUCAGGGAAACUAAGAUGAUGAACUCUAAUAGCUUUGUAAGGAAUAACCUAGAUUUCUAGACAGUUUAAUAGGAAUAAGCAAUUAAUGCAGGACUUGUAAGAUUUUUUCUAAAAAUUCUAGUAAUUCAUAAGCUGCAAUGACUUUUAACAAUUUGGAGCAAAGUGCCUGCUGAGGUUUUGCCCCUGCCUCCAUGGGGCUGUCUUCCUUGAUAAUUACAUUUUAAAGGGAUGGCCUCUAAGGACUUGAGAAAGACUGCUCUGGGUUGUAAAACAGAAGAGAGACUUCCCAAAAUGUUUACCACUCAAAGGAGCAGAACAAGAAUUUGCAGUGACAAGCUGUCUAUAGCAAUGCUCUGAGGAAAGGGAAGUCCGGACCCAAGGGAAGGAAGAAUCUUAGGGGGAGGUCGAGCCUGGCUCGGUCAGGCUGGAGCCAAAACAGUGCCUUUGACUCAGAGUGUCUACCAGAUGACUUGAGGUUUGGGCUUCAUAUUUUUUCUCGCUGCCGGUGGGCUCCAUUCCGAGCUCCCAGCUCAGUUUCCGCAGCUCUGAUGGAAGUAUACUUUGCAGAGUCCUCCCGAUUCAAAGGAAAUUGUGUCUUCCCAGGAGUCCGCUUUUUUGGGCAGAUCAUCCCCAACAAAUGUUCCAGAUCUUUUGAAAGCCAUCCAGCUGUUUUCCAUGUGACAUAAUGACAGAAAUGUCAUUUUUAUUUACAGAAAGUUAUUUCUAAUGCAUAGAAUACUGCUUCUAAAUUAUACUAGAGACAUUAAACUGAGGGGAACUACCCCGAAUAGGGGGACUUUGUGUAACAAUGAAGACUUCAGGCUCACGAAUAAAACAGCAGAUUCUGAUCCUGGCUUCCUCGAUGACUGUCUGUCAGGAGCUCUGGAAGAACUUCCCUGGGUCUCCUGGUCUCUGGGGUAGGAACUGCACUGCCUGUGCAUGUUCUUGGGAUUAAAUGAGAUGGUACGGGUGAAGCUGAGAACAGCGCCUGGCACCUUGCUGGCCUCUCCUACCCUAAGGGAGGGAGUCUGAAGGUCUCAGAGGGUCUUUGAGCCCCUGCAGCCAUCCUGUUGCUAAGAGUGGUACCAGUCAUGAGCCCUGGGAUUGGAUACUUUGUGAAUAAACCGGUGUAUGAGUUUCCUGUUGAUGCUGCCACACCUUACCACAAAUUUAGUGCCUUAAAACAAACAAAAUGUAUCUUACAGUCCUGGAGGUCAGGAGUACCUGAGUGGUUGACAGAGUUACAUUUUUCCCCUGUUGCAGCUCUGGGAGGCUGCCUGCAUUCCUUGGCCUGGGGCCCCCCAUCAUUAUGACUUUUGCUUCCACCAUCACAUCUCCUUCUCUGGCUCUGGCCCUCCUGCCUUCCUCUUUUAAGGACUCUGUGAUUACACUGAGCCCAUCUGGAGGAUCCAGGAGACUCUCCAUCUCAAGAUCCUUAAUCCAAUCACAUCUGCAAAGUUCCUACUGUCAAACCUUCGCCGAUGGAGGAUCUCUGUGAAGCAAAUGGCACUUUUGCCAUCAGCUUAUUGAAGAUGCUGGCUGAAGAGGACAACUCACGAAAUGUGUUCUUCUCUCCCCUGAGCCUCUCCUCCGCCCUGGCCAUGGUCUUCAUGGGGGCCAAAGGAAACACGGCGGCCCAAAUGUCCCAGGCACUUUGUUUGAACUACGGUGGAGACGUUCACCAAGGUUUCCAGUCACUUCUCACUGAAGUUAACAAAUCUGGCGCCCAGUGCUUGCUUAAAACUGCCAACAGACUCUUUGGGGAAAAGACGUGUGAUUUCCUGCCGGCUUUUAAGGACUCCUGCCAGAAGUUCUACCAGGCGGACCUGGAGGAGCUGUCCUUUUCGCAAGACACCGAGGGAUGCAGGAGACACAUCAAUGACUGGGUGACAGCAGAAACAGAAGGGAAGAUUUCAGAGAUACUGGGUGCUGGGACGGUCGAUCCACUGACCAAGCUGGUCCUCGUGAAUGCAGUCUAUUUCAAAGGAAAGUGGAAUGAGCAGUUUGACAGGAAGUUCACAAGGGGGAUGCUCUUUAAAGCCAACCAGGAGAAGACAACGGUCCAGAUGAUGUUUAAGCAGGCGAAGUUUACCAUGGGGUACGUAGAGGAGGUGCACACGCAGGUCCUGGAGCUGCCCUACGCGGGGGAGGAGCUGAGCCUGGUCAUCUUGCUGCCUGACGAUGGCACCGACCUCGCCGUGGUGGAAAAAGCACUCACAUAUGAGAAGUUCAGAGCCUGGACAAAUCCGGAAAAGAUGACCAAGGAUAAAGUUCAAGUUUUUCUUCCCAGAUUAAAGCUGGAGGAGAGUUACAACUUGGAGUCUUUGCUUCGAAGUUUAGGAAUGACGGAUGCUUUUGAGGAAACGAAGGCAGACUUUUCCGGAAUGUCAGCUAAGAAGAACGUGCCCGUGUCCAAGGUGGCCCACAAGUGCUUUGUAGAGGUCAAUGAGGAGGGCACGGAGGCAGCCGCGGCCACUGCCGUGGUCAGGAACGCCCGGAGCAUCAGAACGGAACCAAGGUUUUGUGCAGACCACCCUUUCCUCUUCUUCAUCCGGCACCACGACACCGACAGCAUUCUGUUCUGCGGCAGGUUCUCCUCUCCAUGAAGAGGUGCGGUGGCUGUGCGUGCUUCACCUCUGCCCGCCCUUCCGCCUUCGUUCACGUUCCCGGUGACCGCCGUGGUGUGGUGGUUUGAAUGCCAAAAUAAAGGGGGCGCACUGGGACGUC